GAAUAAACAAUCGUCGUACAAUUUUAAUUCGGAAAAAAAUAAACCAGAAUGGCAGAAUUAAUUACCUGAUAUGCCAUUCCGCUGCUUAAAAUCACCGUUAUCCAUGUCGAGGUCCGACCUUUCGCUCGGUAACGAUCUCCGGACUGUUAGAAUACCAGGCGAUGGCAGGUGUUUGUUCCGGUCAGUGGUUCAUGGUGCUUGUCUGAGAGCAGGAAAGCCGUCUCCAAGUGAAAUCCACGAAAAGGAACUCGCUGACGAGCUUCGAGCAACAGUUGCAGAUGAAUUUAUCAAGAGGCGAGCUGAUAGCGAAUGGUUUGUUGAAGGUGAUUUUGAUACUUACGUUGCACAGAUGAGACAGCCGCAUGUAUGGGGAGGGGAACCUGAGCUACUAAUGUCAUCACAUGUUCUACAGGUUCCAAUAACCGUUCACAUGUGGGAUAAGAAGAAAAACUGCCUAAAGGUUAUAGCUGAAUAUGGUCAGGAGUAUGGAAAGGAGAACCCCGUUCGUGUUUUAUACCAUGGCUAUGGGCACUAUGAUGCAUUACAGAUCCCGUCUGAUGGUCUGCAAUCAAAGCUGAACAGGAGAUGGUAAAAACUAUAAUCGACAAAGUUCCGAACAAGAAAUGGAAGAAAGGGAGAAGCUCAAAGCAAAAAUUAAUCCAUGAUUGCUAGUUUGUAAAUUAACUUCCACGACAUUUCUUGGUCCGCAAUUGCUCAGAAAAUUAACCUAAAUAAUAUAAUUCGAUAAUUGUA